AAAAGAUGUCUUCUUCGCGUAAGUCGAAGAAAGAGAACACCUCACCAAGCGAUGAAGCGCUUGAAGAAGUGAGCAAUCACAUCAAAGAAGCUUUCGAGAUAUUGAAACGCGAGACGAAGAAGGUUCGCAUGGAAAAGGAAGCUCUUGACGAGGCAGCAAAGAAACUCGAGCACGUUCAUUUCUCUUCAAUGUUAAAGCUUAAUGUUGGCGGCCACCUUUUUUCAACCAGUUUGUCCACCCUGAAUAAAGAUCCAGGUUCAAUGUUACACGCCAUGUUUUCGGGACGAUUUGACACAAACGCAAGCGAGGAUGGAUCUUACUUCAUUGAUCGUGACGGAACUCACUUCCGGUAUAUUCUGAACUAUCUUCGCACUGGGCAGCUUUUAGUCCCUGAAGACAACAUUGUUCGAAGAGAGCUGUUAACCGAGGCUGAGUUUUAUCAGGUUGAAGGUAUAAUCAAUGAGCUGAAAGCAAGGCCCUUCAAGGAUUCAGUGAUCCUGUCAUCAGAUCAGCAACAGACCUUGAUCAAAUGGCUAAAGGAGACACUCACGAGUGCCAGCUGUGACUAUGCCUUGAUAUUCCGCGCCUCCCGCAACGGCUGGACUGCUGCCAACUUUCACUCCUGUUGUGACAACAAGGGACCAACAGUAACAGUGGUCAAGUGUGGAAAUUACAUAUUUGGAGGCUAUACUGACCAAUCAUGGGAAAGUCAUGGUAGGACCAUUGUUCAAGGAUCAGCUAUAUCAUGGGUGGUGCAAUUUGAGUGAUAAUAGCUAUUCUGUACCUGCGAGAAAUGUG